ACGAAUUGUCUACAGUUCUACACACAUGAACCUUGUCAUAUCAAAUCUAUCUAGUGUCAAAUGGGCGAAAUGUGUUGAGCUGAUGAAGAAUUUGGUCUUCUAUUUUAUAUCUUUUAUCCUCUAGUUCCUAGGCAAUAUCACAAAAUGUUCAGCAAUGCUGCAUACGUGUGUUUAAUAUAUUUUAUGAGUGCUAUAAUUUUAUCACUUGCCGGCCGCGACUUUUAUCAAAUCCUUGGUGUUUCGCGUUCAGCAUCUACAAACGAAAUUAAAAAAGCUUACAGAAAGUUAGCUAAAGCUCUUCAUCCAGAUAAAAAUCAAGAUGAUCCUAAUGCAUCUCAAAAGUUUCAAGACCUUGGAGCCGCAUACGAAGCGUUGUCGGAUCCUGAGAAACGAGAACUGUAUGAUCGUUGCGGCGAAGACUGUCUCAAGAAAGAUGGUAUGAUGAACAACAACGAUCCUUUUGCGAGCUUCUUUGGAGAUUUUGGCUUCCAUUUUGGUGGAGAACAGCAACAGCAAGAAGCUCCACGCGGCGCAGACGUCGUAAUGGAACUCACAGUCUCGUUAGAGGAACUUUACAAUGGAAACUUCGUAGAAAUAACUCGUAAUAAGCCAGUAAUCAAAGCUGCUUCUGGUGUGAGGAAAUGUAAUUGUCGUCAAGAAAUGGUCACCAGAAACCUGGGGCCAGGCCGAUUCCAGAUGAUGCAGCAGACAGUGUGUGAUGAAUGCCCUAAUGUCAAGUUUGUUAAUGAGGAAAGACUUUUGGAGAUUGAGGUUGAAGUUGGUGCACCUGAUGGACACAAGUUUAGACUUCGAGGUGAAGGUGAACCCCAUGUUGAUGGUGAACCAGGUGAUCUGGUCAUAGUGUUCAGGACAGAAAGACACCCACAUUAUACAAGGAAGGGGGAUGAUUUGUACACCAAUGUUACAAUAUCAUUACAGGAUGCUCUCACUGGUUUUACGCUAGAAUUGAAUCAUCUGGACGGCCACAAAGUGACAGUGUCCCGCGACAAGGUGACGUGGGCGGGCGCGCGCGUGCGCAAGAAGGGCGAGGGGAUGCCCAACUUCGAGAACAACAACCUCCACGGCAAUUUGUAUGUCACUUUCGACAUUGAAUUCCCCAAGCAGGACUUCACUGAUGAAGAAAAAGAAGCAUUGCGAAAAAUACUUCAGCAGGCGCCAAAUAACAAAAUAUACAAUGGACUAUAGUAGCAAUACUUCCAAUUAUUUAUUUUUAAGUAGUGAAUUGUGUGCAGUGAAUGGUAUGAAAUGAACAAAGUCACUUUCUGUGAGUAUCGGUGUGAGGCCAAGUAUUGUGUUAUACAUGAUUGUUUUGUAAAAUAAACUCCAAUUCCCAGUC